AUGGAUACAAGUUGGAUAGAUCUACCCACUGGCCACCCUGAAUAUGUCGAUGGUUGUAUGCAAUUCAUUGUGUUUGCCAAGCAAGGUCUAUUCGAAGGAAAAAUUAGAUGUCCAUGUAAGAACUGUAAGGUGGAUAAAUGGUUCCCGGUUAAUGAUGUAGAGCGACAUAUUUUGUUUAAGGGGUUUUAUAAGUCGUAUAGAAAUUGGAUCUUUCAUGGUAAAGGGGAUAUGGUUCAACGUAUGUUAGGGAGUGAUGGAGGGAGUACUAGUGAAGGAUCCCUUGGUAAUCAAAGUGGGUUUGUAGGUCGAGAUAAUAUGGGAGGACUAUUAAGAUCAGCUUUUAGUGUUAAUGUGCCACCCAAUUUUCCAACUUUUGAAGCAAGAGAGGAUGGUGAAUGGACUGAGGAGCCCGUGUCAUACGACACAGAUGUUCAAUAUGAUGAUUCUACAAUAGAAGAAGAUGCGACAUAUAAGAAGCUACUUCAAGCUUCUGAGGAGAAAUUAUAUGAGGGGUGUAUUAAUUUUUCAAAGUUAUCUUUUCUUCUACACUUAUUUCACUUGAAGUGUAUGCAUCACUGGUCCAUUGAAUCUUUCAAUAUGCUCUUGAAGCUGAUUUUAGAUGCAUUUCCUCAAAUACUUGAUUUUCCCUCGUAUUAUUAUUACAGUAAGAAAAUGAUAAAAGACUUGGGCCUUGGGUAUAAAAAAAUUGAUGCUUGUCCUAAUGAUUGUAUGCUGUAUUGGGGUGAAUUUUUAGAGAAAGACAAGUGUCAUGUUUGUGGUAAAUCGAGGUGGAAAACAACCAAGGGUAAGAAGGGUGACGAUGUAAGUGAUCAAGGUACGAAUACUUGUAAGAAAGGUGUGCCAGUUAAGGUAAUGCGAUAUUUUCCUCUUAUCCCAAGACUAAAAAGAAUCUACAUGUCAUCAGAAACAGCAGAAGAUAUGAGAUGGCAUGAUACAGAGCGAUUGGGUGAAGAUGAUAAGAAGAUUUUGAGGCAUCCUUCCGAUGCCUUAGCGUGGAAGGCAUUUGAUGAGCGUUAUACAGAUUUUGCAUUAGACCCUCGUAGUGUUCGAUUAGGUCUUGCGAGCAAUGGGUUUAAUCCUUACCGUUUAAUGAACACUACUUAUAGUACAUGGCCAGUGGUGUUGAUUCCUUAUAAUCUUCCACCAUGGCUAUGUAUGAAACCAUGUUCUUUCAUUUUGUCCACACUUAUUCGCGGAAAAGCAAGUCCUGGAAAUGAUAUUGACGUGUAUUUGCAACCAUUAGUUCAUGAGUUGAAAUUGUUGUGGGGAGGGGUUGAAGCUUUUGAUGCUUUUGACGGAGUGAAAUUUAAUUUGCACGCGGCUCUGCUUUGGACUAUUAAUGACUUUUCUAGCUAUGCAAUGCUCUCUGGUUUGAGCACAAAAGGUUACAACGCAUGUCCUAUAUGCAUGGAUUCCACACCCUCUGAUAGAUUUGGGAACAAGAUUUGUUAUUGUAGCUAUAGAAAAUGGUUACCCGCAGAUCACCCAUAUCGACGUCAGGGUGAAAAGUUUUGUGAGAAGUUUGGGACUAAUGAGUUGGAUGAAGCCCCAUCUCGUCCUAGCGGCACUGAUAUAUUGAGGCAACAAGAAAAGGUCGAGUAUGUUUAUGGAAAGUCAAAGGCACCACCGAAAAAGAGACAAAGAGGACAUACUGAUAACAAUGAUGUCCAAGAUGAAAUUGUCUUUGGUACCAAGAGAAGCAUAUUCUUUGAUUUGGUGUAUUGGGAUCAUAAUCUUCUAAGGCAUAAUUUAGACGUUAUGCACAUUGAGAAAAAUGUGUCUGAGAAUCUUUUGGGAACACUUCUUAGUAUGGAUAAGAGUAGAGAUAAUAGGGAUGAUCGAGAAGCCCUUGAAGUAUGGAGAAUAAAGACUCACCUUUGGCUUAGUGCUGAUCAUAAUGGAAAUGAAUACAUGCCUCCAGCUUCCUAUUCUAUGUCUAGGGAGGAAAAAGAUAGAUUCUUAAUUGUUUUGCAGAAACUUAAAGUUCCGGAUGGAUAUGGAUCCAACCUUUCUAGUUGUGUGAAUAUGAAGCAAAGGAAGUUGAUUAACCUCAAGAGUCAUGACAACCAUGUUCUAAUGCAAGAUAUCCUCCCCGUCGCCUUAAGAGCUUCUAAUGCUACAAAGGUGAUUGACUUGUUGGCUAGAUUGUCUUCGUUUUUCAAGAAGUUGUGCUCCACCAGUAUUGAUCCAGAUGAUUUAGAUGGUCUUCAAGAUGGAAUUGUUUUAACUCUUUGUCAGUUGGAAAUGGAGUUUUUGCCUUCAUUUUUCACAAUCAUGGUCCAUUUGUUGAUUCACUUAGUGGAGGAGGUUAAACUUGGUGGACCAGUGCAAUACAGAUGGAUGUAUUCCAUUGAAAGGUAUUUGUCCCAUUUGAAGUCACAUGUAACCAAUAAAGCCCAACCUGAAGGAUCUAUUGUGGAAGGCUACCUUUUAGAGGAGACAAUUAGGUUUUGCUCGAGAUAUCUUCAAGGUGUUAAGACCAUCUUCAACAUGCCUAAAAGGAUGGAUGAUGACAUUUCAAAUUCUGAUGAUUACUUAUUUAAUUCCGGCGGUCGAGUCAUUGGAAAGGAGGUACAUUUCAUAGAUGCAACCACCGAAGAUGGGAAACUAAGAAAAGCUUUGGCGGGUGGUUUGCAUUCUUAUGGUAGAAAAUCAAAAGGAUACAUAAUCAAUGGAUACAAAUUCCUUUCCACUGAUCGCGAUUGUCGUCUUUUGACACAAAAUUUUGGAGUUAUGGUUGAAGCGGAUGGAGUGGCAUACUACGGAAAAGUGAUGGAUAUCUAUGAAUUAAAUUACUAUGGAGAUUAUAAAGUUGUAUUGUUUCGUUGUGAUUGGGUAGACAUUCGUAGGGGUGUAAGAACAUAUCCAAACGGCAGAGUAUGUGUCAAUUUCUCUAAAUUGAUGCAUACUGGACGAUUAUUGCAAGAUGAUCCAUUUGUAUUCUCAUCUCAAGCAAAACAAGUCUUUUACAUAGAAGAUGAGAUACAAAAAGGAUGGUUCCAUGUUGUUAAGAAUAAGCCUAGAGAUUUGUUUGAUUUAGGUGAUUCUUUACCAGUAGCGGAAGAGGGUGGGGCCGAUUGA